AUGAGUACAUUAACUGGACUCAUUUCUUGUGCAAUUUCUUCCCUUUGUUUUGGUUCUAUGUAUGUGGGUGUAAGAGUUGCUGGGGAUCCUGGUGAUGGAAUGGUUGUUCAGUGGAUUUAUAUCGCUACUGGAGCACCUCCCUUUCAACCUUUGGCAAUGCUUGGUGGACUUCUUUGGGCUAUUGGCAAUUUAACAGCUAUUCCAAUAAUUAAAACAAUUGGUUUAGGAAUGGGUAUUUUAAUUUGGGGAACUGUUAACUGUGUUGUUGGUUGGGCAACUGGACGUUUUGGACUUUUUGGGGUAAAUGCAAGUACUCCUAGCUCUCCUAAUUUGAAUUAUCUUGGACUUGUUUUUGUUAUUGUUGGAGGAAUUCUUUUUGCAUUUGUUCGCCCCAAACCUCCCCUUACAACAAAAAGAGAUUCACUCCAACAAGGCUCUCCAAUAAUUAUAAGACGUGAAGAACCCCAAAAUACAAAUAUUGAAGAAGGGGAAAGUUUGGUAGAACAACAAAUAGACGAGGAAGAAAGAGUAAAUAUUGAAACGACAGAAAACAAUAUUAAUUUAAGUAGAAUAAAUUCUGAUGGAAUGAAAAAACGGAUAUUAGCUGUUGUAGCUUCUAUAUUUGCUGGUAUUGGCUAUGGAUCGACUUUUACCCCAGUAAUAUAUAUUCAAGACAAUCCUCAACAUUUCAAAAAUCCUUCCAAAAAUGCAAUAGAUUAUGUAUUUUCACAUUUUACUGGAAUUUAUUUAACAUCAACAUUUGUUCUACUUAUUUAUAUUGCUUAUAAACAAAAUAAACCUUAUAUGGAUAAUGCUUUAGUAUUCCCUUCUUUGUUGGCCGGUGUUUUGUGGGCAGUGGCUAUGCUUGCUUGGUUUUUGGCUAAUGAUAUUUUAUCACAAGCAAUAACCUUUCCAAUUAAUGCAACUUUGCCUGGUUUAAUAGCCAGUUUAUGGUCUGUUUUUUAUUUUAAAGAAAUUGAAAUGGAGGAUUUGAAAUUACUUUUAUCUGCUGUUUGUGUUACUAUUUUUGGAGUUACACUUGUUGGACUUUCAAAGACUAUUUGA